AUGUCUAAAUCAUCUCAACAGCUGAACAUAGAGGCUGAAGAAGUGGUGGAUGAUUCUUUUCCGAGCUUGGAUAAUUACCAUGAGAUUGAUGAAAAACUUCUCCAACAAAUGGUUUACGAUGCUCUUGUCUUUGCCACUCUCAAUGGUCUCCUUGUCGGUGACAAAUCUGUUGAGAGAUCAGGAAGAGUACCUGGUGUAGGGUUGGUGCAUCUUCCAUUUUCCUUAUUACCUCCACCAUUUCCUCAAACUCAUUGGAACCAAGCUUGUGAACUGGCACCUUUAUUCAACGAACUUGUUGAUCGUGUUAGUUUGGAUGCAAAUUUUCUCCAAAAAUCUCUCUCUAGAACUAAGAAAGUUGAUGAAUUUACCUCUAGACUUUUAGAUAUUCAUUCCAAAAUGCUUCAGAUUAACAAAAAAGAGGAAAUUCGGUUGGGAUUAUUUCGUUCAGAUUACAUGUUUGAUGAAAAGACUCGAUCACUUUUGCAAAUUGAGAUGAACACUAUUUCCACUUCGUUUUCUGGCGUUGGUUGCAUUAUUACUCAACUUCACAGGAACAUACUUUCUCACUAUGGAAAAUCGCUUGGACUAGAUUCUGAAAGGGUUCCUGCGAAUACCGCCGGCAGUCAGUACGCAGAGGCGUUGGCUAAAGCUUGGAGCGAGUAUAAUAACCCUAGUGCCGUGAUUAUCGUUGUGGUUCAGGCUGAAGAAAGAAACAUGUAUGAUCAGCAUUUUGUUUCCACGAUUCUAAGAGAAAGGUAUCAUAUUACAACCAUGCGAAAAACAUUGGCAGAAAUUCAUCAAGAAGGAGAAAUUCUAUCAGAUGGAACACUUUCUGUGGAUGGACAAGCAGUCGCAAUCGUUUACUUCCGAGCUGGCUAUACGCCAGCUGACUAUCCUUCGGAAUCAGAAUGGAAAGCUAGGCUACUGAUAGAACAAUCUUCUGCUAUCAAAUGCCCUAACAUAUCUUAUCAUUUGGUUGGCACAAAAAAGAUUCAACAGGAACUGGCAGAGCCCAAUGUUCUUGAGAGGUUCUUUGAAAACAAAGAGGAUAUUGCGAAACUGCGUAAAUGCUUUGCAGGGUUAUGGAGUUUGGAGGAUUCAGAUAUUGUUAAAAGAGCAAUUGAGACGCCAGAGUUAUUUGUGAUGAAGCCGCAAAGAGAAGGAGGAGGAAACAAUAUUUAUGGUGAUGAUCUUAGGGAGACUCUUCUAAAAUUACAGAAAUCAGAUUCUCAAGAAGACGCGGCAGCUUACAUUCUUAUGCAGAGGAUAUUUCCAGUUAAUACAGAGGCAAUUUUGGUGCGUAAUGGUUUCUUAAAUAAGGAUCGCGUCAUUUCAGAAUUUGGGAUAUUCAGUACUUAUUUAAGGAAUAAGGAUAAGGUUAUUGUGAAUAAUGAAAGUGGCUAUAUGGUUCGUACAAAACCAUCAUUAUCCGAUGAAGGUGGGGUUUUACCUGGUUUUGGAGUAAUAGAUAGUGUAUACCUCACUUGA